CUCCCCUUUUUCAAUUUUUUUGAGUUUCCUUCUCAAAACCUUAGCCAGCGCCCUCCUUCUUCUCCUCCUUGCCGCACGAUCCCCUUCCUCUCCUCUUCCUCUGGAUCUCUACUUGCUUUCGGUCCUUGUCAUAACCGUUCACCACCUCGCCUCUAGCCCUUCCUCUCUCGCAGUUGCAGCCUCGUCAUCGAUCCAUCCAACAUCACAGUGACGGCCCUCACCUCAAUCUCUGCUCCUUGUCUCGCCAUCUCUCGCCAUUGCGGGUUCACCAUUGCUCACAGCCUCAUCUCUACUCCCUCACCCUCACCUCCACCCUCCAUCGUUUUCCAGACACGCGUGUCGAAACGUGCCGAGAAAAGUUGACCCUGUGUUGCGUUCACCUUGUGUCCUAGCGUGUUGACGAGAAAAGUCAGAGAGAAUUUGCUUUUUGCUCAGCCUUUCAAGACACAGGCGAAGUUCUCCGAAACUUGCUUCCUUGAUGUUGGCUAUCCUGAGAAACUUGGUGUUGAAAUCAACGAGAUAAAUCAUAAUCGUUCGAACCCGUUUCAGUUUGCGGGCGACUUUGGUGCUUCAUUUUCUCUGCGACUGGUCGAGAUGGAAGGGUGCGGCUAUGAAGUUUUCUUGAGCUUCAGAGGACCGGACACGCGCAUGGCCUUCACAUAUCAUCUCUAUACCCGUCUCACAGAUGCAGGAGUCCAUACAUACAAAGACGACGAAGAUCUCCGUGUAGGUGAGGAGAUCGGCCCAAAUCUACUUGGAGCCAUUGAGCAGUCGAAGAUCUCCAUACCCAUCUUUUCUAAAAAUUAUGCUUCCAGUAAGUGGUGUCUGAAGGAGUUGGCCCAGAUGGUGGAGUGUUGGAAAAGGAAGGGACAGGUGAUCAUGCCCAUUUUCUACUAUGUCGAACCAUCUGAGGUUAGAUACCAAACCGGAGGUUAUGGUGAGGCCUUGCUCGUGCAUGAAAACAAGAAGCGAGUGGACGAUGAGAGCUUCCGCAAGUGGAGAGCUGCUCUCAGUGAGGUUGGAGGGUUAAAGGGAUGGAACAUAGAAAACGGGGCUAACAGACACGAAGGACAGCUAAUUAAAGAGGUGGUUACCAAGGUUUUAAGUGAGCUAAAGAAAGCGUAUUUGGUGGUUAGUGAUUUCUGGUUGGUGUUGACGAAUCUGUGAAAGAAGUUGAGAGAAUGCUAGGCCAACUCCGAUGAUGUAAAGAUUGUGGGAAUCCACGGAAUGGGUGGUAUUGGAAAAACUACUCUUGCCAAAGUAGUUUACAACAAAUUUUCUCGGGACUUUACUGACUGUUGUUUCUUAGCCGAUGUUAGAGAAACUUCACAUUCAAAAGGAAUUGUGUUUUUGCAGACUCAACUAAUCUCAAACCUCUCUAAAAAGGCACAUCCAGGUAUAAAUUCCAAGGAUGAGGGAAUAAUGGCUAUAGAAGAGAGAUUUUCCAGUAAAAAAGUUCUAAUUCUUCUCGAUGAUGUUAAUGAAAAGGAUCAAUUAACUGCACUUUUGGGGAGGCGAAGUUGCUUUGGUCUAGGAAGUCGGAUACUUAUAACAACUAGAAAAGUGAAUGUCCUACGUGAAUUUGGAGUGAAAUUGACUUAUUUAGUUGGUGGUUUGGAUCCCAAAAGAUCCCUUCAGCUAUUUAGCAUGCAUGUUUUUAGAAGUGAUCACCCUCCAAUUGAGAAGAUGGAACAAUCUAGAGAAAUUGUGAAGAUAGCCGAAGGUCUUCCUUUGAUUCUAGAGGUUAUGGGUUCGACUUUAUCAAUAUGUGGACAAAAAAAAAAAAGAAAUGUGGGAUGAUUACUUGGUGAAGUGGAAAAAAGGUCACAUUGAGGGGAUUGGAAGUAAGUUGAUGAUAAGUUAUGAAGAAUUAGAUUCCUGUCAGAGACAAAUAUUUCUUGAUAUAUCUUGUUUUUUCAAUGGAUGUGAUAAGAAUACAGUGAUAUAUAUGUGGAGAGAUUGUGGUUUAUGCCCAAUACAAGGUCUUGAAGUUCUUCAAUUGAUGUCAUUGAUUAAAAUUGGAGAAGAUAAUAAGCUGUGGAUGCAUGAUCAACUCAAAGAUCUCGGUAGAGAAAUUGUUUCUCAUGAAAGUGGGGGCGAAUUAGAUAAGCAAAGUAGGUUGUGGAAUCACAAUGACGUUCUUCAGUUGAUGUCAUUGAUUAAAAUUGGAGAAGAUAAUAAGCUGUGGAUGCACGAUCAACUCAAAGAUCUCGGUAGAGAAAUUGUUUCUCAAGAAAGUGGGGGCGAAUUAGAUAAGCAAAGUAGGCUAUGGAAUCACAAUGACGCAUUGGAGAUGCUACUGAGAAAGAAGAGAAAUGCAAAGCUCGAAGCCCUCUGUUUGCAGUUUAAGGAUUGGUCAGAGUAUCGUUUCACUCUUGAAGGAUUUGCAGCGCUGCCAAAGUUAAGGUUCCUACAGGUGGAUAGCAAACACCUCUCUUAUGAGAGAGUUGACAGUUUUUUGUCCCAAGCUACACUCCUUUGGCAUAACAUGCCCUUCAUCACUUCGUGUACGGAUUGUUCACUGAGCGAGAACCAACUCCUUCCCAAUUUAAGAUGGCUCUCUUGGCAUAAUUUUCCUCGGCGGAUACUUAGGUUAAGCAAGUUUUCAUUGAGUAAUUUGGUCAUUCUCGAUUUUUCAGGAAGUAGAUUAACUCAUGAUUGGGACGGAUGGAGACAUAUUAAGAGAGCCAAAAAAUUAAAAGUUCUUAACCUUUCGGAAUGUGAGCGUUUGUCCAAGACUCCUGAUUUCUCUGGACUCCUGACAUUGGAGAGAUUGAUUAUUGAAGGUUGUCAUAAAUUGGCUGAAAUCGACUCGUCAAUUGGCCAAUUGAAGCACCUGGAGUACUUGAACUUGAAUAAUUGUCAGAGUCUCUUCCAUUUGCCAAAAGAGCUGCGUACAUUGCCUGCUCUGACAGAACUUAUCCUUGAUAAUACUUCUAUAGUAAGACUUCCUGAUUGGUGGGGUAUCAAGAACAUGGAGAGUCCCCAUGUUCAUAUUUCACUGUCAUCAAAAGCAGGGGACUCACUCAAUUGUCUAACUUCGCUGUUACAGCUUUCAUUGAACCACACGCGCAUUACUCACCUACCCAACUCCAUUGGAGCACUGAUAAAUCUUGAAAGCUUAUUGUUGAGAGAGUGCUUUUCUAUGAAGAGACUUCCAUCCUCCAUUAGGGAAUUACGAUCAUUGACUGAGUUAGAUCUAUCCAAAUCGGGAUUCAUUGAGUUACCUGACUCUAUGGAAAGUCUGGAGAAUCUAAAAGCAUUGAAGUUAUUCUUGUUACCAGAAUCAACUGUACCAGCCCUGCCAAAGCUUCCAGAAAGCUUAACUUCUCUGGCAAUCAUAUCUAACGCACUAACAGUCGAUCCCGAUCUUUCCAACUUGAUCAAUCUGAAGCUACUGUUGUUCAUCAUCAUGGAGCCUAAGAUCUCUAGCGAAUCUGAUUUGGUGCAGGUUCCCAUGUCUCAAUGGAUUGGGAAAUUAUCCAAACUGGAAGUCUUGACGUUGGGUCUCCCAAACAUUACUAACCUAUCUCCUGAGUUUGGUACGCUUCCUUACUUGAAGACUCUUCAGCUUUUCAGUUGCUGUGCUCUGGAACGCAUUUCGCAAAUUCCCUCGACUGUUACGAAACUUCAUAUUGGAAGAUGCCCGUUGCUGACCACACUUGAUAUCUCAUAUUUGAAGAACCUAUCGGAACUAUAUGUGUUUGGUUCACCGGAUCUUUCUGAGCGUGCACUUUCAGAAGAUCUACUAGAAUGGAAGAUAAGUAAGGAUUAUGGGUACGAUUUGGCUGAGACUUUUGGGACAAUGAUGUGUGAACAGCACGGAGUCGACUAUCUUGCGAGUGAAGACCGUAUUUUACGUGAAUUAUAUAAGGUAUUACGAGCUUACGCUCUGCGGAACAAUCCCAAGAGGCUACGGCAUGUGCUAUCCAGGAGAAAAUUGUAAGUGGUAUGUGCUCGCCACGCCAUCUGCUGACGUGCCCUUUUACCGCUUAGAGAUCGGCACGCGUCAUGUGGGACCCGCUGGAAAAGGAGAGGCGGGCUCGGCUUGGCUCGGCUCGUUGCAGAGGAAAUGACAGGUCCCGCCCAAAAGAUUUCUCUCUCCUGGAUUGAAUUUCUGUAAUUUUUUCUCUCUCUCACUCUCUCUCCUCCUCCCUCUCGUGACGUCCGCUUUGCUCUCUCUCCCCCCUUCGCGAAGUCGUCCGCCGACGACGCCGACGCAGCCUCCGCCUCCUCCCCUGAACUCGACUCUGACGCCGACGCCCCACCGCCUCCCUCUCGCGACCUCCAGUCCGCUCUCUCUCUCUCUUUCGUCCUCGAAGUCGCGCCUCUCUUCCAGCAAACCCCGACGCCGACGCCCCUCCGCCGGUUGCCUCCGUCGGCGCCGGAGUCCAUCGCCCCGUCUCCUCCGCCUCCGCCUACGCGCCCGACGCCAACGCGUCGAACCACGACGGCGAAAAUGGAGGAGAGAGAAACGACGAAGCAGAAGACGGAGACGAAGAAGCAGAAGCGCGCGCGCUCGGGGUCGUCGCGUCGGUCGCGUUCCGGCUCGCCCUCGUCUACCUCCCCAGGAACCUCCGCUGUAACCCCCCCACACAGAGCGAUAAUGGCGAUAAAGGAUCUGGAUGCCCUGUUCUCUUCCCUGGAUCCCGAGUACUACGACAUCCUCAUGAAUGUCAUUUGACCAGAUAAAAGUAAGAUCAGAAAUGCGGCUUAUAUAUUUUCCCACAUUGAAAAAAGACACAGAGCAAUAAUGGCGAUGGGUUGUCGCGUCGGUCGCGUUCCGGCUCGCCCUCGUCUACCUCCCCAGGAACCUCCGCCUGUCCACCCACCCCGAGGUCAUUCUUCAGUGGAGUCGGUGUCAACCUAGACAUACUGGUGGUGGAUUUGGAUGAUGAUAAUCAUGUCUCAUCACCUAACAGCACCGUGUCGAGCAUAAGUGGGAAGAGAAGCGAGAGACCCGCAUGGAGAAAAUGAAGUUGAGGCUGAGAGAACUUCGAGCUCUUGUGAGAGCAUCGAAGAAGAUGGCAGCAGGGAAGAUGGAGUGAGGAAGAAGCUCAGGCUGUCUAGAGAACAGUCAUUAGUGCUAGAGGAGACAUUCAAAGAGCAUAACACUCUUAACCCUGUUACACUUGCUGGUUUCAGCUCUGGCAAGUUUAUGAUAUUAGUGGCCACGAAUGUGGCGGCAUGAGGAUUGGACAUCGAUGAUGUCCAGUUAAUUAUCCAAGGAUGCUGUAUGUGGCCUCUACGUGAUGUUGAAGAAUAUACUCACAGAUCUGGACACAUGGGGAGAGCUGGCAAUAUUGUAGUAGCUGUCGUGGUGUACGAUCCAAGAAGGGCAAAUGUAUCUAAGAUCAAAAGAGUCUGGUGUAAAAUUUGAACACAUCAGUGCUCCGCAGCCGAGUGAUGUUGCUCAAGCUGCUGGUGUCAAAGCUGCAGAAUCAACAAGACCAAUUUCUGAUAGUGUCAUUCCAGCAUUCAAGUCUGCAGCCGAGCAACUACUGAACACGUCAGGCAUGUCAGCAGUUGAAUUACUUGCAAAGGCUCUUGCAAAGGCUUCUGGUUAUAGUGAAAUAAAGAGCAGAUCACUGCUUUCGUCACUUGAAAACCAUGUAACCUUACUUCUUGAGACUGGAAGGCCCAUUUAUACACCUUUGUAUGCUUUAGGUGUCCUCAGGAGAUUCUUGCCUGAAAACAAAGUAGAGUUUGUGAAGGUCUUAUUCUCACAGUUGAUGGAAAUGGCGUUGUAUUUGAUGUGGCAGCUGAAGAUCUAGAUACUUUCCUUGCUGGUCAGGAGAAUGCAACAAAUGUAAGCUUAGAGGUGGUAAAAACAUUGCCAGGAGAGAGACUAAUCAAGAGGGGGAAGAUUUGGCAGUGGGGGUGGUCGUGGCGGCUAUGGUGGUAGGGGUGGUGGUUUUUCUUGGGGUAGAGGUGGUAGUUUUUCUGGCCAAAGGAAUGGCCGGUUUUCUGGUGGCUUCGGUGGUGGGAGAGGUCGCGGCAACAAUAGAAGGUGAUAAAAUAAUCUGCAGCCAGGUCCUUGGCGUCGGACCUUCCAUGACAAAAAAAAAGGCAUCAAUGUGAAAUUUUGGCUGAUUUUAUGAUUUUAGGAACCUAGCCUCAAGCGUUCGUAAUGAAUGACCCACCAUAGGAUAAGGUAUGUGGUACCUUGGUCCCAUAUCGUCCUAACAUAUUUGGUAUAUUUUCUCAGUCAACUCUGUUUUCUUUUUUCCUAGCUUCUUGUGGGGGCCUUUUAGUGAUGUCUCCACCUUUCUAAAUUUUUGUUUUUGUUGCAAAUGUGAGUUGUACGCUUGGGUAUAUAUUUUUAUCAGUUCAAUAUAAGAGUUUCCUA